GGCUUCACUGCAGUAAAGUAACAAGUAAUAAUAUAAUAAAAAGGAAAAAAAAGGGCAAAAUAUACAGUCUAACAGGAAGAACAGGAAACAAUGGUAUUUGUGUUGUGUGAAAUGAAAAGAAAUUAUCAUAUGCUGGGCCUUUUAAUGAGUUUGAUCACACAACUGUCGUCUGGCCCGGUCCAUCAGAAACCAAAGCAAUAUGAUUUCCGAGUUGAGCUACAGAAGAUGAUUAAAUAUGCCACGCACCUACUAGCAGACACAAAGUUGCUCUACAAUGACUUUAAAAACAAAUAUCCAGCAGAAGGUGAACAUAAGCUGGACACACUACCUGUCCUUUCUGGGAGUGCAGCCGAUAUAACAACAUUAGAGGUUACAAGUGGUCUUCAAAAACUGAGGUCAGACCUUCAUUCCUACAAGAAUCAUUUGGAUUGGUUAAAGAAAGCUGCACAUAUUGUGAAGUCACCUUUGAGUAAUGGCUUUCAUCUAAUUCAUAUUCGAACUGAGACCCUUGCCAACAACAUGGAAAACAUGAUGACAAAACUAAAAAUACCUUAUAACAGCACAGAUGUGCCUCACCUACCACCUCACUCCACUCACUGGGCUGCUGUACAGGCAGGGCAUGCCAUUUUUCAUGACUUCAUACUAUUCUUGGACUGGACUGUACGAGCACUUAUGGUUCUUAGGAACAAGUUAUGACCUAAAUCAAGAAACCUUUUGGUUCCACUGCUCACCACAGCAAACGCCUUUCUCCUUUUCAUCCAUUGUGGACCAAGAACUGGAAGUUAUCAUCCUUUCAGGCAGAUAUUUGGAGGAUACCUGGAGAUAUUAGAGCGUCAAGGAUGUAGCGUUUUUUUUUUUUUUUUUAUUUAAAACAUCUGACUAUUUAUAUAAAUAUUAUUUUAUUAGUUCUGUUUUAAUUUUCCACAAGACAUCUUGACAGCAUUAUGAUUAGUAGUUUUUCUUUUUUUUUUUAAUUGUUGUUAGUGUUUUUAAAGGGGUGCCAUUUGACCCUGGAAUUGCCAAGAUAUUCAGAACAGCUCUUCCAAAUUGCUGUAGACAGCAUCACUUAUAAUGUCAAAAUCUUUCUUUUUACAUGUUUACUGGAGAUGAACAGCCUCAGACCUGUCUCUGCGUUACUGUUACAUAAAUCUACAUAAAACAUUCCAUGUUUAGUUAUGGCACUGUGAGAAAAAAGACACAGGUGAGCAACAAAAAAGGGCAGAAGUCAAAAAGCACUGCAGAGAGACUUGUUUGAAUCUAUGCAAUUCGUGUAAAUUAUGAAAUAUCUUUGAGCAUUCCGAAGUGUGGCAUCUGGUCAGAAGAUGAAGAAGCAGAAAUUGGCUCAAGGAUUACUCCAUGAAUUAUUAAUACAGUGCAUUUGCAGAAGAUCCAUAUGAAGCUGCAUGAGUAGAUGAAACGUGACCAUCUUUAAAUAUUUUCCUUAACUAGGGUCAUUUGUUUGUUUGUUUUUUGUUUUUUUUUUCAUUCUGGCCAUCCCUUGUCAUGAGUGAAGAUAUUGCCUAUGCAAUAAAAAAGUGCCUAAUAUAAUGACUGUUCCUGAAUGCAGAAUUAAGGAACCAGCAUCUGACAACAAUUUUAGACUGUUGUACUUUGGAAAAUCAGUAUUCUGUUUGCAAGUUUGCAGUACUGGACCUUAAUAUAUAGCUCUUGUAUAGUCUCUGAAAGAGUUUGGUAUAAAUGCUUGACUGAAAUAGCAGUUCCAAAGCAUAGUAGCCAUACAGCUACACUUUAAAUGUCUCAAUAAUGCUAAUCAUGCACAUCGGAGUUCUUCCAUCAUUAAUUUAUUUAACGUUGCUUUAUGACCCAAAGGUAUACAUUUGUCUGGAGGCUUCCUGGAACUUUCAUAUAGAUAAGUAUAGAGCUGCAGUACACUGUCAGCUCGAAAACAAGAGCGAAAAGCCUGAACAAUCACCUGCUUUCUGAUUCACUUUACUAUCACACCAGUUUACUUUAAAACGAGCCACUUGGCUUUCCUUUGUGGGUGUGAGGCUUGAUGUAUACAUUCCAUUAUCUUGUGCAAUACUGGAUUUCAAGCAGCGGAUUUCAUAGGAAAUGUGGAGUGCAGAAUCGUCACUGUUAAGUAGUUGAAAAUCAUCAGUAGUACCCUUUCUAUUUUUUUUCAGUAAACAUGAUGCUCAUUAUUUCCUGUAGUAUUAGGAGUUGGAGCAUUAUGUUCUUUAAAUACUCAAGUAAUGUCUCCUAUAUGAGAACAAUUUAGUAUUCAAAACUUGUCAGUACUGUCCAAAAAAGUCAAGAGACCAAAAAGAAUCAAUUUAUCUUUUCCUUGCCUUUGCUGUGAGCACAGGAAAUGAGCAGGAUUAAAGAAGUAAUGCAAAAGAAAGCUAGUAUUCCAGAUAAAAGAAGUGUCACUUAAGCAAGGGAGUGAUGAAUGAGCAGCAUCUCAAAGUUAUGUGACAAAAUGAAAAAAAGGUUGGGAAGAGUAGCAACAUAUUUAAGACUGAUAAUAAGAUGAAGCUCUGAGCUCUCCUAUUCAUCAGACAAACUGUAAGCUCCAGCAGUAGUGCUGGGAAUAAUUUGUAAAUCUGUACAUUUCUGGCUCAUAUGCAUUUAGCUAUACCAGCUAAGCACCCAAUAGGUAGUUUGUGAAUAAAUGUAAAUGUCAGUGCAUAAGAGUAAUGUCAUAUGUCUAGGGAGUGGCUAGACCACUUUCAGCUGCUACUUUCACAUGAAAAACAGAUUCCAGGUAGAACAGCUUUCCUCUGAGCUAAACAACACCCUUACUGAUAUGGCCUUAUCCUCACUUCAAGUCCACUGAGUUGAUUUGCACAGUGAGUUAGGGAUAUCAUGUAGUGCAGAUGCCAUUUAAAAGUGAGAGGACUAUAGCUGCAAUCAUUGGAAUUGCAAAAUUAAAACGUGCAAAUGACAGAAUAUAUGCAAAGUCUCAGUCAGAAUUCUUUGAGGUGCACAAAUCUUGAAAUUAGUGGUAACGUGAAGGGCACAAAAGAAAAGUUUAAAAGGUAUAAAGGCAAGUUUUGCAAUAUGUUGUUUUUUUCCCAUUUCAAUUGUAAUUUAUUUGUGGAAGUGUUGAGAGCAACACUAGUAUGUCUUACACUUCUGAUAGGGGACCCUGACAUACUAAUUGCUGUUGCAAAAAGAGUAAUUAGAUAGUCAUAACCAAUUCCCCUUCAGUAAUGUCUAGUGUUUUAAGCAGAUGCGCAAACUUGCAGGUACAUAGCUGUAAAACUAUCAAACUAAAAAUAGCUAUCAGAGAUUGAAUAACCAUACCUAAGAAACAGACAUAAUCUUUGGCUAAUCUUUACUUCAGACUUAUAAUAUCCUCAAUAUAAUUUGCUAAGUGUUUAUGAUUUAUUUUUUUUUCUGAAACUGUUUUACAUGAGACUAAAGCCAGAAAAAUCAAAUUAUAUUCCACAGUACUGCAAACAUUAUCACUGGAGUAAAAGGAAAGAGUAUAAUACAUUUUUGUGUAUAAUAGGUUAACAUUUACAUAUCUGAGUGCUGCAUCACUGGAAAUAUUAGGCAGACAAAGAAAGGCAAGAAAGUCAUUCUUUUGGAUGAGAGGUACUUGCAUGCCAUCCAGACCCUGACAGAUCACAAUAACAAGGAUAUGAAUGAAAUAAUUAUAGUAAAUAAUACUAAUAAAAAGUGAAAAGAACAUUCCAUAUGCCACAUAUAGGUUCAUAGGUGUGUACUAGGCUAACGACCACUAGGGCCCUUUUAAGCAUAGUCUUGCAUCCAAAAGUUAUAAAUCUGAACAAAUGCCUGUUGUUCUUAAUUAACUGAUGGGAUUGUUGAAAUGUGCCAUUUCUCAGACCAAAUCUUGAAAGCCAUUCCAUCUGUCUUUGUGGAGUGUGUUGCAUGUUUUAGUGAGCAUAUCACUGGAAAUUGUUACAGAUAAUGUUCUCAGUGUAUGUUACUUGUAUAAAGUAAACAGAAAUAAAGCAAGUUAAAGCCAGAUCAAAAUGUAGCCUGCCCUACAGUCAGAUGCUUACACUUUCAGUGAUGUUUUUAUUGCCCAAACCAGGUGUACUGUGGGACAAGAUGCUUUGGAUUUCCUUUUAGUCUGACAGACACAAGGGAAAUAAGAUUGCCAGUUUAAUGGCAUAAAUAUACUUACUUAUAAAUAUACACCUACUACAUAAGUUAACUAUAUCCAACACUAGUUAACUUAUUACUGAUGAAGCAUUAGGUGUGAACAUCCCUCAUUGCUGUGUCCCCUUAUAUGUUCAUUAGGCAUGUAGACAGAAUGCUUUGUCUUCUAUAUUGCAGUCGAUAUCUGUGAAAAGUGAACUCCUGUCAUAAGGGAUAAACCUUGCUUAUUCUCAGGCUGUUACUGUGUGGGUGGGUACUGCAAAGUGUAAAACACUGAUGAGAUUAAACUCAAAACUUUAUGUAUGCAUCAUUCAUAUAGUAUAUCACUCACAGUUAGCUGCAUGACCUUUUUACACUCUUAAUUAACACCAAAGUUUGGAUUCGCUUUGAUGUGUCUUUCCACGGCACCUACUACAUAAUUAAGUCGGAUGUAAAAUAGUGGCCUACCUUACAUUUUGCCAUAGUUAGUGCAGAGCUACUCAUAGGUAAAGAACUGACAGCUUUAACAUGGAAGCAUGUGAAGUCUGUGUUAGGUGGGCAUGUGUGUGAGGGGUCCCAUUGCUGUGCCUUAUUACUGCACAUUUCACUUUCAUAUUGUUUAUGUUAUAUUUUCUCUGAGGGAUGCAAUCUGUCCCUUUGGGUAGCAUCUGAAUUUGGUCUGGCUCCAUCUUCUGUUCUGAAUGUACUUAUAAAAGGAUGUCAAAUGCUGCAAAAUCCACCUGUUUUAUACUUUUUAGACAUUUGUGUUUAUUUAUUUAUAAUUUAAAACAAGUAUU